AUCUGCGGCUAACGAAAACUGCCAUAUUUACUGACUCUACCAUGUUAUUUUAAAUGUGUGCUCUGUUAAGCGAUUCAUCUGAGAGUGAUAAGGACUGCUGUAUUCCCUGGCUGUGCUCUGUUAUUUUAAAUAUUAACUCCGGUGACCGUCGAAUCUGCGGACGAUAAUAACAGAAACAUUUUUCCGUCCGCCAUGUUAGGUGCGCGAAGGAAGCUGCACCGCGGAGAUGUUUGCUUGUCCUCUUUCACUUCCUGUACGUUCGUCCUAGACAGCAGAGCUCAGUCUUAGAGUGUACAGCGGCGCGGAAGAAGCCAUGUAUCGGCGCGGUGGUAGUGGCGGUAGUGGCGGCGGCGGUGGCGGCGGCAGAGGCAAAGAGCAGCAGGCGAAGCCGGCCGGGGAGGAGAGCGGCGGCAGCAGCGGGCGGCACGCGGAGCUCCUGGUCUUCGGCUACGCGUCCAAGGUGUUCCGCGACGACGAGCGCGCGCUCUUCCACGAGAAUGGCAAGCACCUGAUCCCCUGGAUGGGAGACAAGAACCUCAUAAUCGAUAGGUACGACGGUCGUGGUCACUUGCAUGACUUGUCGGAGUUUGAUGCCGACUCAUGGAACCGGGACUACCAGCUGUCGGAGGAGGAGGCCCGCAUUGAGGCCCUGUGUGACGAGGAGAGGUACCUGGCCCUGCACACGGACCUGCUCGAGGAGGAAGCCAGGCAAGAGGAGGAGUACAAGAGGCUGAGUGAAGCCUUGGCAGAUGAUAGAAGCUAUAACGCUGUGGCCUUCAGCUACAGCGCUGACUACUAUGACCCAUCGCAGCCCACAGAGGAGGAGGAGGCAGCCAAGGAGACGGAGGAGCCUGAGCCCCAGGACAGUGAGGAGCCCUUUGUCGCACCCCCUGGCCUUGUUAUCCCUCCUGAUGUGGAGCUGCCUGCCACGGUGAAGAUGCACGCCAUCAUCGAACGUACAGCCAACUUUGUGUGCAAGCAGGGUGCGCAGUUUGAGAUCGUGCUGAAGGCGAAGCAGUCGCGCAACUCGCAGUUUGACUUCCUGCGCUUCGAUCACUACCUGAAUCCAUACUACAAGCACAUCCUGCGUGCCAUGAAGGAGGGCCGCUACACAGUCACUGGGGGGGCCAAGCAGGAUGCGCAGCCAGCAGCAGCAACAGGUUCUGACAGGUCAGACAGUAAUGAUGAGGAUGACGAUGACGACGACGGUGAUGGGAGCUACCUUCACCCCAGCCUCUUCGCUUCCAAGAAAAGCUCCCGACUGGAGGAGCUCAUGAAGCCCUUGCAGGUCAUGGACCCGGACCACCCACUUGCAGCGCUGGUGCGUAAAGCCCAACAGGACCAGAACGGGGUACUAGCAGAGCCCCCUAAGGCCGAGGCUGAGAACGCAGAGCCCACUAUUGCGGCAACCGAGUACUCCACAGACCCCAGCGUAGCGGCGAUGUACUACGGUUACUGUCUGCUACCUGAUGGCUCGUAUUGCCUAGCCCCGCCCCCUCCGGGCAUUGAUGCCUCCACAUACUGCAGUUCGCUGCCCUCUGGAACCCUAGCACCAGCCACCUCCUCCACAGUGCCUCCUCCUCCUGGGACAACACCCCCACCAACCUCUGACCUCACCCCCACAGUUCAUACAGCUGUGUCUACACACACCUCCCUCCCGCCUCCUGCCAUUGUUGCAGAAAAUAGCUCGCAGCCCCCUGCCUCAGCGCCCGCCAUUAUUCCACCUCCCCCAGACAUUCAGCCCGUGAUUGAUAAGCUGGCCGAGUAUGUGGCCCGCAACGGCGUCAAGUUUGAGGCCAGUGUCCGCGCUAAGGAUGACCCACGGUUUGACUUUCUGCAACCGUGGCACCAGUACAACACCUACUACGAGUUCAAGAAGCACUACUUUAUGCAGAAGGAGGGCAUCAUGCUGCCCGAGGCACUGCCAGGUUCUGACCACAGAGGGUCGCUGGAAGACAGCCAGGGCUCCAGCAAGGGUGCGAACUGUUCCUCCAGGGAGGGCAAGCUUAUUAAAGCAUCCUUUGCACCUAUUAGCUUCGCCAUCAAGGCCAAGGAAAAUGACUUGCUGCCUCUGGAGAAGAACAGGGUGCGGUUGGACGACGACUCGGAUGAAGAGCAGGACAAGGAAGCGGGACAGGAGGGUGUGGUCAUGGGUGGGGCCAGCGUAGUGCUCCGAGAAGCCCCUCCAGCCCCUGUUAUGGAGGAGAAGAGGCCCUCGCUCACCCUGGAGGAGCUUGAAGCCAAACAGGCCAAGCAGAAGCUGGAGGCACGCCUGGCAGCAGCCGCACGAGAAAAGCUCGCUCAGGCCUCCAAGGAGUCCAAGGAGAAGCAGCUGCAGGCGGAGCGUAAGAGGAAGGCGGCGCUGUUCCUUCAGACACUGCGUGGGCCCCUCGCUGUGGACGAACCGCCCUCGCAGCCAGAGCCGGAGCUGCUGCCCACUUCACCCCCACCGAGCCCACCAGCCGUUUCCAGGGUCCCCAUGUUCAUCAUCCCCCAGAGGCCGGCAGAGACGUCUCCCAGCACAAGCAGGGAACCCGUGUCUGCCCUGCCACCUCCGUCACCGCCUCCUCCAUCUUCAUCGCAGCGCACCGAGGACAGGGAGAGGAGAAAGAAGAAGCACAAGAAGAGGUCUCGCUCCAGGUCUCGCUCGCGGUCACGCUCACCUUCCAGGUCGAAGAAUAAGCACGCCCUGCCCAGUGCGUACCGUACGGUCAGGAAGUCCAGGUCACGGUCGAGGACACCGAGCCGUAGGGAGCGCAGGCGCGAGGAGCGCCAGAGGGAGGCCUACGCCCCUGCCGUCUAUCGCCAUGGCAACAGCCCUGGCUUCAGCAGGAAGCGCUCCCGUUCCAGUAGAUCGCCACACGAAAAGAGGAAGAAGAGCUCACGUUCCCAGGUGAAGGCGAGGGCCUCGUCCUGUUCACCAUCCUCGUCCCCAGGCCCAGCCAGCGACAGGAAGAGGCCGAGCGCACGCUCCAUCACCCCCACCUCACCUCAGGGAAGCCCCGCCUUCAGUUUGGAGCGCUCCAGGGGCGACUCCCAGGAGAGGCAGAAGCAGGUGGCGUCAGCCAUUGUCUCCUCCGUCCAGACCAAGAUCACUCAGGACCUGAUGGCUAAGGUGCGCGCCAUGCUAGCUGCUUCUAAGGACAUGCAGACGAGCACAUCCUGAAAUGGACACUUUGAAGUCACUGUGGACGGGAGAAGGCAAGAGCACAGCCUUCAGCUGUGGUCUGCGUCGCCGUGACAACGCAAAAUCUUGGCCAAUGGGUGCCUGGAGUUGUUCAGUUUUUAGAUGUUUUUCUGAGGGGACGGGACUCCACCAGUUCAGCAACACUGAGGCGGAGGAGGACAGCAGAAAGGAUGGAUACCUAUGGUCAGGGUGCAGCAGGAACCUAUAGAGGGACGGGGCCUCUCCUCCAGGCCACAUGAGCAAGAGUGAGGACACAGAGCCCAUCACCCACCGUCACACCAGGACAGCUGAGGCUUUUACUCUUCAUUUCAAUGUGAAAAUGAAGAAUGUGACUCCGAGUCCUUCUGUGAAGGAGUGUGUGUGUGUGUGUGUGUGUGUGUGUGUGUGUGUGUGUGAGAGCGCGUGCGUGCGUGGACACGUCUCCACGGGAUCACUGUAGUGCUGCUUUGUAACACAUGGACUGCCAAUAAAGGAGUGAUGAAUAAGGUGGCACCAUGUCA